AUGAUGGUGUACAAGUACGGCAGCGACGUGAACUUCCUGAACACGACAAGUUGGACCAGGUCGGCUUUCAACCAGCUCCUGCAGCGGUUUACCCACUUCUACUACAUUCCGCGCCACACGACACGCGGGCGUCCAACCAAGCUGAAGCACCACCACCAGGUGUUCGGCCUCGUGCUCUGCUUCUAUGUCGGCUCGAUGGAGCAAAGCUCCCUUUGCAUGCUGUUUGGGGUCCCGCCAAGUACGCUGUCGCGGACGCUUGCGCGCGCCGAGAAAGCACUGGCGCAGGCGCUAAGCGGAUACGCCCCCGCACGGAUCUCGUGGCCGUCCCCAGCUCGCCAAGCCGAGUUGGCAAAGCUGGUGGAGGCUCGCGAACCACUUCUCAAACACACUUUUGGGUUUAUUGAUGGGAAGAACUUCCGGGUCCAGCAGCCGUCGAAUGCGGAUCUGCAAAAUGCCAUGUACAACGGGUGGCUUCACACCGUGUUCGCGACUGGCACGAUCUGCUUUGUCGCCGACGGCUUUAUCAUUUGGAGUAAGCACAAUUGUCCCGGGUCGUGGAACGACUCGGACACCUCGCUUGGCUUCCGCGCCAAGUUGCUCGACCCCGCGUACUGCCCAGAUACGCGUAUGAACGUGGCGGCUGAGUGGGGCAUGGACAGCAUGCAGAAGGUGUACAGCCGCCUCAACCUCCCCCGGCCGUACGACCCCAACAUCCGCGGGCGCAGAAUCAGCAACGUGUUCAGAAUGGCUAACUACCGUGUGCGCACGGUCGGCAUCUCGCAGAUUCGAACGACGUUCUCGGGCGAAAUGGAGCUGCCGCCGUCAAGCGAGUAG